UAAAGUUCAGCGGGCCAUCGAAUCUGGCAUAAUGUUUCAUAAUAAACACUAAUUAUAUCCACACUCUCUAACGCGUCCAUAUGCAGAGUGGAGGCACAAUACUGGGGUCAAGCGAUACUAUACAUCUCGGCUAAAUUCGUUGAGUGGGAACUUUUAGCAUUAGCUAGGCUAGCUAACGUACGAACGUUACGUGGCUUAAAGCAGAUAGCUACUAGAUAGAUUAGCUAGUUAACUAGCUACCGUGUUUACUAGUUAGGGGGUGCUGCGGCGACAAGCAGCCUCUGCCAAGUCGGCACGUCAGGCAUGCUAUCUUUCAGUGACAAACAUGUUUUCUUAUUUACUUGUUCGUAUAGCUACUCAACUAGCUGCGAAUGCUUGUUUGUUUGACACGUUGUCGCAGGUUGUGUCUGGUCAACAUGAGAUUACACCUUGACCUCGCCAAGACUGACCAUGAAGAGAAGUCGGUAUCCAAGCAGCAGUGAAGAAGACUCUGAUAAUGGAAGUAACUCCACUUCCUGGUCCCAACAUUCUCAACCCAGGAGAGCCAAUUGGAAGAAGCCCUCAGAAGUGUUCAGGACAGACUUCAUCACGGCCAUGAAGCUCCAUGACACGUACCAACUGAACCCUGAGGAUUACUACGUCCUGGCCGACCCCUGGAGACAGGAGUGGGAGAAGGGAGUCCAGGUCCCUGUCAGCCCUCGCACCAUCCCCCAGCCUGUAGCCCGGGGAGUGGCUGAGCGGGGGAUGGAGGUGAUGUUCUUGACGCCUAAGAAGUGGAUCCGUUCGGGGUGUUCAGGGGCGCUGGGGUACGUGGACAUCCAGACCCUGGCUGAGGGGACGUGUCGUUACGACCUCAACGACACUGACGUGGCCUGGCUGGAGCUCAUCAACCAGCAGUUCACUCUGAUGGGCAUGGUGCUGCUGGACGAGAUGACCAUGGAGAGAGUGAUGGAGGAGUUUGAGAGGCGUUGCUAUGACAGAAUGAGCCAUGCCAUGGCAACGGAGGAGGGGCUUGGCAUGGAGUACGACGAGGAUGUUGUGUGUGACAUCUGUCGGUCACCUGACAGCGAGGACAACAACGAGAUGGUUUUCUGUGACAAGUGCAACAUCUGUGUUCACCAGGCGUGUUAUGGGAUUCUGAAGGUGCCAAAGGGAAGCUGGCUGUGUCGGACCUGUGACCUCGGCAUCUCGCCAAAAUGCCAACUCUGCCCCAAGAAGGGCGGGGCCAUGAAACCCACUCGCAGCGGAACAAAGUGGGUUCACGUCAGCUGUGCCCUGUGGAUCCCCGAGGUGAGCAUUGGGAACCCAGAGAAGAUGGAGCCGAUCACCAACAUGUCCCACAUCCCUAGUAACAGAUGGGCUCUGACCUGCUGUCUCUGUAAAGACCAGACUGGAGCCUGUAUACAGUGUUCAGCAAAGAGCUGUCGGACAGCGUUCCAUGUGAGCUGUGCCUUACAUAGCAGCCUGGAGAUGAACACCAUCCUGACAGAGCAGGAUGAGGUCAAGUUCAAAUCCUUUUGCCCCAAACACUCUGGUCUGAAGGGAGGACAGGACGGAGAGGGGGAGGAGGGGACCAGAGACAAGAAGUGGCGGAAGAGUGACAGAGUCAGAGGUGAUGAAGUUCCACCCCCCGUCCUAGCCCCCCAGGAGGAGAGCAGGGUGAACCAGCAGGCGGUGAACCUGCGCCAGAUCAAACUGCAGCAGCUGGAGGAGCAGUUCUACCAGUUUGUUGACGUUAAGGAGGUAGCCAAUCACCUGCAGUUGCCCCAGGAAACAGUAGACUUCCUGUAUCAGUACUGGAAGCUGAAGCGCCGAGCCAAUCACAGCCAGCCGUUGCUCACCCCCCAGAAGGAGGAGGAGGAGAGUCUGGCUAGGAGAGAGCAUGAUGUCCUCCUCCACCGCCUACAGCUGUUCACUCACCUUCGCCAGGAUCUGGAGAGGGCGCGUAACCUGACCUACAUGGUGACGCGGAGGGAGAAGAUAAAGAGGACUCUGUGGAGGAUCCAGGAACAGAUCUUCACUCAUCAGGCCGAGCUGCUGGACCAUGAGAUCAUCAACGGGUGUCUGAACGACAGCGUGCGUCUCAGUGUGGUGUCGGCCCCAGUGGCGGUGUUGGGGUACAGUGGCCUGAAGACCCAGAGGAGAGACCGAGGGAGGGGAGGGCACCGGAGAGGAGGACUACAUCUACUACACAGUCUGACUGAGGGGGGUAGACACAUCAGAGGACAGACAGACAACUCCAGCAAACUGAAGACAGAAAGUAGCAGACCCAGAAUAGAGGGUAGGAGGAGCCUGAGGAAGGAGGCCCCAGAACCUGAGCAGCAGCAGAAGAGCAGCAGCAGGAGGAGAGAGGAGGACCAGGGAAGGGUGGAGAGGAGGAGGAGAGGAGAGAAGGAACAGGGAAUGGAGGAGAGGACAGGAGAGGAGGACCAUGGAACAGAGAGGAGGAAAGGAGAGGAAAGCUCUCAAAAUAAAGCCAAAACCAGACUGGGGUCAAAGGCUAGUGAGAAACCAGCCAGUAGGGUCAGUGAUAUGACUGAUGCUAAGCCAGCCAAUAGAAUGAGUGAAGCGAGGGUUAGGUUAACUAGGAUCAAGGUUCAUCAUGUGACUGAGGCUAGGGUCAGGUUAACGAGGGUUAGGGUUACUGAUCAUGUGACUGAAAUGAAGGAGAGGAAGGUGAGGCUGAGCGGAACAGACAGCCAAUCUGAUCCCAGAGACACCAAUGUAUCCAUGACAACCAAACACAACAGUUGGCUGGCCAGUGGGCCUGGUGGCAGCCAUCUUAAGAACUGGGGUAAAUUCAGAAUCCCGAAGAGGAGCGAGAGGCCAAAGGAGGAGUCAUCAAACCCCAACCCCCCACAGCACAGACCUCCUAACCUCAACCCCCCACAGCGCAGACCUCCUAACCCCAACCCCCCACAGCGCAGACCUCCUAACCCCAACCCCCCACAGCGCAGACCUCCUAACCCCAACCACCCACAGCGCAGGCCACUGCACAGUGAGCCAUCGUACCCCAGGAGACGACUCCGUACAGAGAGCGAUGGGUACUCCUCUGCCAACCAUGAAACUCUGCCCAGUGGGCUGGACAUGAAGGCAUGUCUGAAGAGAUGCCAUGCCCACCAGCUGAGGGGUGGGGCCUAUGGCUCUGACAUCAUCCACCAAGGGGUUCUAGCCUCCUGAUGAGAUGCACCAUGUUUAUAGAAAAUGAAGCUUGCCCAAGGUUGCUUUUUAUAAUCAAAUUUACAGAACUGAUAUUUAUUAUCAUUUGUAAGGUUGUAUAUAUUUUCAAUUCUGUUAUCAAUAAAAAGUUAAGAUUAUUUUUCAGUGAAUGUAUUAUAACAAUUAACUCUAGACAUGCUCAUAGCCUCAACAAAAUCACACCUGACAACUUUUUUGUUGAAGCAUAAGCCAUGUAUUUAAUAGUUUAUUUAGUAGUUUGGAAAUCACAUUAUAGCACUUGCAAUCAAAGAAUGGUCAAGCAUUAAUGAUUAGUAGAAAAUGAAUGGAAAUUUAACCUGAAACCAUACAAUGAGUCAGAAUAUUUCUAGAAACCCUUGAACCAACAGGGACUGAUGCUGUGGAGGUGUUUGGGUAUUGAACUAGACAUUGUCAGGAAGGUUAGUGUUUAAGCGAUCGCUGAAGUGUUAGAUGGUGGGAUGGACGUUUAAAGGUCAUUUCUGAUUGAAUGGACAAAUGCUGCCUCCACUAACACAGGAACACUGACCUUCAGCGAUACGGUUUGAAUAGACAGGCCCUGCUCAUGGGGUUCUAAGGCAAAACGGCCCAGAGCUUAAGACUGAAACCACUUCCUUGUCUGUGACGAUCUUUAUUAUUAAGUGUUUGCACUAAGACAGGAUGGCUGGGCUUGGAAUAAAUUAUUUUUACACCA